AUGCCGGCGCAGGCGCCGGCACCGCCUGCCACUACGUCAACAGCGCCAACAGCGUCAACUGCAUCGCCUUCCAACUUGCUUCCUCCUCCACCUCGACCGUCGCCAUCACAAACGACCACGCAGUCUCUGCCGUCUAUGCCGAAGCUCGACGUCCUUCCUCCCAACAGCGACACAGCCCCGCACACCUUCCUCCAUCCCUCAAAACGCAUCAACGACGGGCCCGACGUCGCCCGCUUCCUCGUCUCCAAGGCCUACCGCGACAUUGGCCUGUUUGUCAUGCAGCUGAACCACGCGCUGUGCCCGCGACGGAAACACCCGCCACCGGCAUCGACAGACACGGCUUCUGUACCUGCUGCAUCAUUAGCAGCAGCCGCGCGGCCGACGCCGUCUACCACGACGCUCUUUACCCUCCAAUCCCCCAAACGCAGCGACGACCCGCCGUCGGUGCAGCGGCUGCUGGCGCUGCUGGCCCGCGUCGCCGCCAUCAUCGACGAGGCGCCGCCGGACCCAGGUCCGCGACGGUUUGGCAACGUCAGUUUCCGGGCGUGGCACCGGCUGGUGGCCGAGCGCGUCGAGGGCGGACUGCUGGAGGAGUACAUCGCACUGGGUCGUGGGUUUGCCGCAGCGGAACGGGACAGCGGUACCUCGGGCGACGCCAAGCACGACGCCAAGCACGACGCCAACCCCGCGCAGGCCAUGGACGAGAUCAGGGCCUACUUUCUCGGCGCCUUUGGCAGCGCCCAGCGCCUCGACUACGGCACCGGGCACGAGCUCAGCUUCCUGGCGUUCCUCGGGUGCCUCUGGAAGCUGGGCGUCUUUGCCGACGGCGACGCCGGCGCGGACGGCGAGGCCGUCGAGCGCAGCCUCGUGCUGGGCGUGCUCGAGCCGUACCUGCGCGUGGUGCGCCGGCUGAUCCUGACCUACACGCUGGAGCCCGCCGGCUCGCACGGCGUCUGGGGCCUCGACGACCACUCGUUCUUGCCCUACAUCUUCGGGUCGGCGCAGCUGACGCGGCCCAUUGGCCUGCUGGGGCGCGAGGCCAUGCCGCAGGACGGCUCCGCGCCGCGCGUGCCCAAGCCCGCGGACAUUGUCAAGCCGGACGUGGUCGCCGCGCAGCGCGAGUGCAACCUCUACUUCUCGGCCGUGGGCUUCAUCAACGACGUGAAGCGGGGGCCGUUUUGGGAGCACAGCCCCAUUCUGUACGACGUGUCGGGCAUCCAGGACGGCUGGGGCAAGAUCAACAAGGGCAUGAUCAAAAUGUUCAAUGCCGAGGUGCUGUCCAAGUUCCCCGUCGUGCAGCACUUUGUGUUUGGAUCGCUGUUUUCGUGGGACGAGGACGCGGCCGCCGCGGCGCCCGUGCCGACGGUACACAUGACGAACCAUCCACUGGCGACGGCCGCCGUGGCAGAGUCGCUCCGGACCCCAGCAACGGCGCCGACACCAUCCGCAGGGCCGGCCGGCGGAGCAGCACCGGUGGCGACAGGUGCACCGUGGGCACAGGCCACGCGGAUGCCAGGUGCCGUGCCCGGCAGCUUGCCAGGACCUGGCAUUCCCUACUCACGGGUGCCUGCAGGGACGGCCCGACCCGGUGCUGCACGGUCUACGGGCCCCAUGACGGCCACUCGGGUCCCGCCGCCACCGACUGCCCUCCCACGGCCGGCUGCAGAGAGCUCUGCAGCAGGACAGGAUGUGGUUGUUACAAAGGCUCCGUGGGCGACAUAG